AUGCCGAUGCCACCGCCGCUCAACUUCCCAAAGUGGCUCGCGGACAACGCGCACUUGCUGCAACCGCCCGUGGGCAACUUUUGCCUCUUCCGCUCCCAAGACUACACCGUCAUGGCCGUCGGCGGGCCCAAUGCGCGCUCCGACUACCACUUCCAGCCCACCGAGGAGUUCUUCUACCAGUACAAAGGCGCAAUGCUCCUCAAGGUCAUCAACACCGAUGGAGAGUUUGAGGACAUCCACAUCGGCGAGGGCGACAUGUUUAUGCUCCCCGCUUUUACGCCACACUCGCCCGUGCGCUUUGAGAAUACUGUCGGACUCGUCGUAGAGAGGACGAGGCCCGAUGGUAGCCCAGACGCGAUGCGGUGGUACUGCCCCAACAAGGUCCACGACAAACCCACCCUCAUCAAAGAGGUCAAAUUCCAGUGCACCGACCUCGGCACACAGCUCAAGCCCAUCAUCGACGGGUGGAAGGCCGACGCAGAGGGGCGCAGGUGCAAAGAGUGCGGUCAGAUCGCCGGCGAACAGGUCCUCCCUGCCUAG